UCACUUCAACGAUCUCCGACUCAGGCUUUAUAAGUAAUUAAUUAAUUAAUUAAUUAAUUAUUAGUGCUUUGCACAAAAUCUAUUCGUAUUCAAUCACCCAGUUAUCUACACAUAUAAUUGUGUGAUGAUGAUCACAAUAAUAUAAAACCAGAGGGAAUUAACAUGUACAAGGUUAGUCCCUCUCUCUCAUGGCCCUUUUUUUUUCUUUUUCUAAUUAUUAUUACUAUUAUUAUUAUAUUAAAUUUAAAAUUGCAGGUUCGUACUACUAACUGAUAGUCUGAUUAGUCGGUACUCUUCGAACAUGCACCAAAUAAAGGGAUUAUUAAUUUUAGUUUUAUUAAUUAAUUGUUCUCUAAUGGCUGGCUAAGUAAGAACUACUUGAAAAGGAAAGCCAUGUGCGGUCAUAUAUAUAGGUGUACAUGCAUGUUAAUUUUUUUUUCCAUUUAUUAAAGAGACUUUUACUGUUAUUUACCUUGUUUAAUUUGGUUUUAAUGAUGGAUGGAUCCACCCUUCUAUAUAUGAACACUUACUUCAAUAAAUUUUUCCCGGUAUAGUAAUUAAUUUACUAUCAUUUUGUUUACAGCAUAAGUUUCCAUGUAAGAAACCACAGCAUGCAUGAACACAUGCAUUAUUUUGCAUGGAACAAAGAUAUAUAUGUAGUCAUAAUUUACUCAAAGAUUUGGAUGCAAUUAUUAGGUGUAAUAAAUUGCUUUUUACUGCAUAUGAUCAAUGUUUCUUGCAGGUUUAAGCCAAUUAAAUUCCCUUAUCAUGAGGAUGAUGAUGAUGAUGAUGAUGGUGCAGUACUACCUCUUCAUUUUUUCGAUCUUAAUCUCUUCAUGUACUACAUGUUAUGGUCUUUGGCCUUUUUCUUCUUCUUCUUCUUCUUCUUCUUCUUCUUCUUCAACUACUUUAAACGGCGACGCGCGAAAGGCGGUGUCAUUCGAUGGCACGGUGGCCGAGUUCUCGAUGGAGAACCUCAACAGCCGGAGAGGAGUAGAGCUGCUGGAGAACGCGCGGAGCAAGCUGGCCGGCCCGAAGAACUGCUGGCAGGACGCGUACCGGAGCGUGUUCUGGAGCUGCGCGGAGAUCGUGGCCGACAAGGAGAAGCAGUCGCGGUUGGCGUGGGAACUGAGCAGCUGCUUUCAGGAGGACUCGGGCCGGCCCGCGUUCCCCGCGUGCGAGGCGCGCGCUCCGAUGGUGAGCUGCCGCAAGAAGCUGAGUGAUUCUGAUCAGAAGAUCUUCCUCGAGUUCUUCCUGGAGACCAACACACUUUGCCACCAAUUACAGGCAGAAGCAUUCAGGCGCGGCACGGAGAAGUUGGUGAAUGAUUUGUCGAGAUCAGCUCAGUUCGCCGAGGAGAAGCUCGAGACGAUUGAGGAGCGAUCGGAGCAAAUACUACGGAACUCGAAUACGGUCCACGACUCGUUAGCCUCGAUCGGACUCCAGACUCAGCAAUUGGCCCGAGCAUCGAAGGAAGUCGAGGCCCAGAUCACCGACGUUUUCGAGCACUCGAAGGCGAUCUUCGAGCAAUCCAGGGAAAUAUCGGCCGCUCAAUCGGAACUAAAAGAAGGGCAGACAGAUCUGAGGGAGCGGCUCGAGGCCGGCGUGGCGCGGUUGCAGGAGUCCUACGAGACUCUAGGAAGUGAGAUGGAUAAGUUGAGGGAGGAAACUAUGGAUAUAGAGAGGGAAGUUAAAGUUGUAGGGGAUUCUAUGGCUUCAAAGAUGAGAGAUCUUCAGAUCACAGCUGAUGAUAUUGGAAGUGUAGCUGGAGUUUCCCUGGAGAAGCAGAAGCAGCUUUUGGAUGGACAGGCUGUUGCACUUGAGGGUCUUGAUUUCCUCCGGAAGUUUCAAUCACAAGCGCUCGAAGAAAGCAGGGACACUAUUCAGAAACUGGCAGAGCUUGGUCAGAAACAGCAGGAUGAGCUGCUACUUAGACAGGAGCAAAUCCAGCAGGCCCAUGACCGCCUGAUCGAAAAUUCGCAGUCAAUUUUGGCCGCUCAGGAAGAGUUUGAAUUGAAACAAGCACGCAUUUUUUCUGCACUAGAGAAGCUCUUCGCUCUUCAUAACGCGAUUUUGGUCGAGUCCCGCUUCAUCAAGUCAUUCAUCUUCUACUCUUGCUUGAUAUUUCUUCUUUACAUGCUCACUAGCGCGAAACAAACAUUUGGUAUCAGAGGCCGACUCUACUUCGGUCUAUGUAUCACGCUCAUUGUCGAGCUCGGGAUACUUAAAAUCGGAGAUGACGACUUCAAUAAACAAGCUUGGAUCAUGUCGAAAGUGUUCUUGGCGAGAUGGGCAUUUCUCGCAGCCGCUGCAGUACAAAUCUUGCACUCUAUCUUUACUUACAGAGAUUAUGAGGUUUUAAACCAUCGGUUGCUGCAAACACUGAUUGAGAGGGUUCGCGCGAUUGAGGAUAACUCAGGUAAAAAGUACUUGACUUAUAGCUCAGAUAGUGAUAGAAGUAUCGGCGAUUAUUCGUGGAUCGUCGAGGAGUUGCCCGAAGAUGUAGAUAGCAAAGCGGAUCCAGACUAUAACUUGAUGGAAGAAGUUGCAGAGAAUUCAUUUUCUGCAGCAUCUGCGACCCGAAGAUAUGAUCUUCGUCCGCGGCGUAGGCAAUAAAAUGUUUUUUUUUUUUUUCUGUUCUCUUUUAACACAAAAUUAAAGUUCUCCCUUGCAGAGAAGAUGAUACUACAGCAUUAAAGAAGAUCUGGUUGACAAUUUGUUAAAUUGAUGGUAACAAAUUAAUUGACCAAUCCAUUAUUUUUGAAUUGGUGCCAUGUUUUAGUUAUUGUAUUUAAGGAACCUAAAAUUUGUAAGGCUUCUUGCAACAUGCCUUGUGGGAUAUAUUGAAGUUUAACUAGA